ACUGAGUAACUUUUAAAAUUCUAAACUGGACUGAGACCACCAGCCAGGAAGAAAAGCACAAUUUUUUUGAGGGGAACUUUUACUCUUAAAACCUAUUGAGUCAGGGAUCAGCUGAAGCUGAGAGAGAAUUUUGCCAUCUUCCCAGAGAUGGCAGAGGAAACAGAUUUGAUCUUCAGAUUCUGAUGUGGGCAUUUCUACUGGGAAACUCCUCCUGAAACCACACUUGGAAGACAGAAAGUACAAAGUGCCAAACUCACCAUGUCCAAGAGCAAGAGUUCUGAGUUGGUCAAGGUGGUGGUCCGUUGUCGCCCCAUGAAUGAAAAAGAACGGGCAGCCAAAUUUGAACCGGUGGUCUUGGUCGAUGUGAAACUGGGCCAAAUAAUAGUGAGGAACCCCAGGGAAGCUUCGGCCAGUGAACCCCCCAAAGUCUUCACUUUUGAUUCAGUGUACGACUGGAACUCCAAACAAAUAGAUCUGUAUGACGAAACCUUCCGGCCCCUGGUGGAUUCCGUUCUUCUUGGUUUCAACGGGACCAUCUUUGCCUAUGGACAGACAGGUACGGGGAAGACAUACACUAUGGAGGGGGUGAGAAACGACCCAGAGAGGAGAGGGGUGAUCCCGAACUCCUUUGAGCACAUCUUCACACACAUUUCACGGUCCCAGAAUCAGCAGUAUCUGGUGAGGGCCUCGUAUCUCGAAAUCUACCAAGAGGAGAUCAGGGACUUGCUGCCCAAAGACCAAUCCCAUCGCCUUGAGCUGAGGGAGAGGCCUGACACUGGCGUGUAUGUCAAAGACCUUUCAUCAUUCGUCACCAAGAGUGUGAGGCAGAUCGAACAUGUCAUGAAUGUGGGCAACCAGAAUCGUAUGGUGGGUUCCACAAACAUGAAUGAACACAGCUCCAGAUCUCACGCCAUAUUUGUCAUAACUGUUGAGUGCAGUGAGUUGGGUGUGGACAGGGAGAACCAUAUCAGAGUUGGCAAGCUGAACCUGGUAGAUUUAGCCGGCAGCGAAAGGCAGAAAAAGACUGGCGCUGAAGGGGAGAGACUUAAAGAAGCCACAAAGAUCAACCUGUCACUUUCUGCUCUGGGGAACGUUAUAUCAGCACUGGUGGAUGGCAGGAGCAGCCACAUCCCCUACCGAGAUUCAAAACUCACCCGUCUGCUGCAGGACUCGCUGGGGGGCAAUGCCCGCACCGUCAUGGUUGCCAACAUUGGUCCAGCUUCCUACAAUGUGGAGGAGACUUUGACAACGCUCCGCUACUCCAACAGGGCAAAGAACAUCAAGAACAAACCACGCAUCAACGAGGACCCCAAGGAUGCCCUGCUGACAGAGUAUCAGGGACAGAUCGCCAUGCUGAAGGCGCAGCUGCAGAAUCGCUCGGGAAAGAAAAAAAACAGGAGGCAGAGGAGGAGGGCUGGGGAAGGGAGCGACAGCGAGGAUCUGGAAGACGGAGAGACGGAGGGCGAUGAUGAAGAUGGAGACGACAAAGGAGAUUAUUGGCGGGAGCAGGAGAAGCUGGAGAGAGAAAGAAGAGCCAUCAUGGAGGAUCACAGUCUGGUGGCUGAGGAGAAAGAUCGGCUGCUCAAGGAGAAGGAGAAGAAAAUGGAAGACUUGAGGAGGGAGAGGGAGGCUGGAGAGAAGCUUGCAGCCAGAGUUAAGGCAAUGGAGAGUAAGCUCCUGGUAGGGGGGAAGAACAUAGUGGAUCACACCAAUGAGCAGCAGAGAAUGCUGGAGCAGAAGAGGCAUGAAAUCACUGAACAGAAACGCAGAGAGCGAGAGAUGCAGCAGCAGAUGGAAAGUCGUGACGAGGAGACUCUGGAGCUGAAGGAGACCUACAGUUCCUUGCAGCAGGAGGUCGACAUCAAAACCAAGAAGCUAAAAAAGCUGUUUGCCAAGCUGCAGGCAGUCAAGGCAGAAAUCCACGACAUCCAGGAGGAACACAUUAAAGAGCGCCAGGAGCUGGAACAAACCCAGAACGAGCUCACCAGGGACCUCAAACUGAAAUGUCUGGUCGUCGAGAACUUCAUUCCCUUAGAGGAGAAGAACAAAAUAGUCAACAGAGCUCACUUUGAUGAGGAGGACGAGUGCUGGACGAUGAAGCCCAUCACACGCCUAGAGGAUGAACAUCAGAUGAUGACCAGGCCUCUGUCUGCAGUCGGCUACAGGAGGCCUCUCUGUCAGCACGCUUGCGAAGCCAUGAUGAUGAAGACCGACAUGAGAUACAAAGCUGAAAACAUCCUGAUACUGGACAUGGACCUGCCAACACGGACAACUAAAGACUAUCAGGAGCCAGUAAUCGCCCCAACGGUGGCAGCCGCUCUGGAGGAAGCUCUGAGGGAUGAGGAUGAGAUCGAGAUAGAUGCCUCCGGCUUUAACAGUAGCUUGAGACCAACCCCAUCAGCCAGUGCCAGCUCUAGUUUCAAAAAACCAAAGUCUGGUCGACCAAAAACUGGUAAGAAGUCGAGCACCCCGACGUCUCCUUUCAGCGCCUCCAGUCCAGGAUCUCCUCUUUACCCCAAACUCCGCGGCCUGGUGCCCAAGUGACAGCUUCUGUCACUACCACCAACCUCUUUUGUGCACCUUUCCACUUUGGGACUCAUCUUUGAGGGAAUGCUUUUUUUUUCGUCAAAGUUUUUUGUGAAGCUGCACAGGACGUCAACAUCAACAAUAUGGAAGCCUUCUUUGCACUUUUAUUUUGAAAGUACAGGAGCAACAGCUAGGGGUUCCAUUGGAAUUCACAUAGACAACUUGACAGAUGUGUUGUUCAUCCCAGGACGCUAACACAUAAACAGAUGUAUCUUUUUAAACAGCACAAUGUAACUCGGGGGGACAUUGUCAGUACAGACGGUGCAGACAAGCUGGAUAAAGACAAUGUGCCUCCUCAGGGUCUUGGUAGCUAUGAAUUGUCAAAAACAUAAUUAUUAUCCACCAACUUUAGGGAAAUGUUAGUGAAGAUUUAAAGAGAUCAACUGAGGUGAAUACUACAAGUGGAUUUCAAGUCAGGAGAGAUGGUCUUGUGAAAGAUAUGUUGAUAUGCUGGGUGUAUACGAUUCAGAGUUUAAUCAACAAUCUUUAAUUAUUGUGGUGGUUAUCUGGUGGUUAUCAGAAGAAACAAUUGAACAAGAAUAUAACAUUAGACUCUAAAGCAACACAGAUGAAACCGAAAACAAGUGUCAUGGUCAAUUACACAAAAUAGCCAAAAGAGGUCUCUCUUGCCGACAACGGGACGUACAGCACGCAUUUUCAAUGGCUGCAGGUGGUAGUAACAAGGCCUUAAACUACCGACAAUGGUUUCAUUUUUUUCUACAUAGUCACGCUUGUGAAAAUAUAUGUGUAACAAGUAAACCUGAACCAAGAAUAUACCGUCAGUGCUGCUAUUGUAUGGAAAAAGAACAAACUACAACGACUGGGAUUGACAGUAGUUUAAAUGUAUUAAAAGCACAAGAUACAAAUAUUGACAGCAGUUUCACACUGAAGUGUCAAGUAUGAUUUGAUAUAACUCCAGUCUCCUGUGGGUGAAUAUGUUUGUGUGAGUGUGUGAUACCCUGUGCUCUGUCCCCGGUGUGUGUAGCAGGUGUGACAGGAGGAACAGCUCCCGUCUCCAUGUUGCUGCUGUAUUAGUAGCAUACUUCACUCAUUGUGAACCGUGUUGAACUGUUGGUUUGUUGUUGCCAUUUCAUCUUAAAGGGCCCAUAUUGUCAAA